AUGAAAGGGAGCCUCUGCCAUGAGUUCGAGACAGGCCUCCCCGCAGCCGAUGUAUGGGAGAUCUAUGGAGGCCUCCGUAUUGGCCAGUUGGUCCCUGAAUUGCUUCCCCAUAUGCUCAAAAAGGUCGAGCUUGUCGAUGGAGAUGGCGGCGUCGGAACAGUUUUGCAUCUCACCUACUCUCCUGAGCUCAUAGAAGCAAUGAAAGGUAGCCUUUGCCAUGACUUCGAGACAGGCCUCCCCGCGGCGGAGGUAUGGGAGAUGUAUCGAGGUCUCGGUAUUAGCCAGGUAGUUCCUCAAUUGCUUCCCGAUAUCUUCAAAAAGGCCAAGCUUGUUGAAGGAGAUGGCGGUGUCGGGACAGUUUUGCAUCUCACCUUUUCUCAUGGGGUUGCUCCAUUAGAAUAUCAAAAGGAAAAGUUCAUCAAGAUUGACCAUGAAAACUAUGUCAAGGAGGCAAUAAUAGUAGAAGGAGGCCUUCUGGAUCAUGGAUUUCAGAAAUAUUUGAUGAGAAUUGAGAUUAUAGGGCAAACCAAUAAAACAUCUACAAUAAGGUCAACCAUUGAAUAUGAAGUUGAUGACGACAAGUCAGGCAACACAUCCUUUGUCAGUACCAGUGCACUAGCUUGCCUCGCUGAAGCAAUCACAGAGUAUAUCAAGGCACAGAAAAGCGCUGAGCAAGCUCGUGAAGAAAUGCCGUAA